AUGAAUACUGCAUCCAUGAUCACUAAAUAUUAUAAAAUGAAAACAGUUGAAAUACAUCCAGAAGGAGAAGCUGUCCUUCAUAUUGGGACUAAAGGAACUCACAAUGCAGGUUUGCAGAGACUAGAUUUAUCCAGUGGAAUAAGCACAAUGUUUGAGAGGGUCAGCUCAUCGUUCUCUCUGGAAGUGACGCCAGAAGAUCGCCAUAGCAUGGACGUUGUCUUUGAUAGUCCUCCCAUCAAAUUAGAACCCUCCAGUCCCGCACUGCUCACCAAUUGUGGCAACUUAAUGAUGAAUGGAAACAGUGGGGGAGUGCUCAGUGAUUUAACCACCAGCGAAGAUGAAUUCAGUCCAGAACGGACAUAUCAAUAUGAAAAUGGAGAUCUUAGUUCAACAACUCCUUCCCCGGUGAAUGGUAUAUCAGUGGACUUUUGUACAAGCACAAUCCCAUCAGACCAAGACAGUUCAGAUAUAUUACCCAAGAGAAUCUGUUUAGUCUGUGGAGACAUUGCCUCAGGGUACCAUUAUGGUGUAGCAUCAUGUGAGGCUUGUAAAGCUUUCUUCAAACGGACCGUUCAGGGUCACAUCGAGUACCAGUGUCCUGCCAGUGGCGACUGUGAGAUCACAAAGCGUCGACGCAAGGCAUGCCAAGCAUGUCGCUUCCAGAAAUGUCUACAAAUGGGGAUGUUAAAAGAGGGUGUAAGACUAGACCGUGUCCGUGGAGGUCGCCAAAAGUACCGCCGCUGUGACCCUACAACUAUCAUGAUGCAUCAGAACCAAGCUAAGAAACCAUGUUUUGAAUUUAAAGGAGAGAACAAGAUGCUGACAGAGCUACUCCGCAUUGAACCAGAAAAGGUGUAUGCAAUGCCUGACCCAACACAGACCAUUGGAGAGCUGAAGUUCAUGUCCACACUAUCUGACCUGGCUGAUAGAGAGCUGGUGGUCACUAUUGGAUGGGCAAAGCAAGUACCAGGGUUUGCUAACUUGUCCCUGAGUGAUCAGAUGAACCUACUGCAAGCCGCAUGGUGCGAUACCCUCAUGCUUAACCUUGCCUACCGAUCCACACCCUACAAGGGAUAUCUCGUUUUUGCCGAUGAUUUCCAAAUUUCCGAGGAGGACGCUGAGAAAUAUGUGUGUCCUCAAGAUUUAGAUAAAGUCAACAGAAAAAUGGCAAAGAAGAUGACGAGUCUUGGAAUAACAAAAGAUGAAUAUGUUUUACUCAAAGCUAUGGUACUGUUUAAUGAAGAUGCUAAUGUCGACAACGCUCCAGCAGUGAAGCAAGUACAGGAUAAAUAUCAUGAUGCGCUCAUUGAGUAUGUGCAGCGCAGGAGCGGUGGCAGCGUACGCCGUGUUGGAAAUCUUUUGAUGCUUUUACCUUUAAUGACCCAGGCUAAAAUCCUUGCCAAACAAUACUGGUUCAACAUUAAACAGGAAGGCAAAGUCCCAAUGCAUAAACUGUUCCUAGAAAUGUUAGAGGCGAAUUCAUAAUGGCACCUGCGUAGCAAUCGAUGCUAGUAUGCAUCACUGUUCUAGAAACGCAACAUUGUCAAAAUUGAUCCGUCUAGGUUUGUGUUAUAUGUGAUAUACAGUGUUGAACAUUUGUAAAGUGGAGAUAUAGGAACCCCUUAGUGCUAUGGACCUAGGGACCGCAGCGAUGUCACAGCUCUAUAUAUGGUAUAAAUACAACACUAGCGUCGUCCCAGCGUUACAGUGCUGUUUGAUACAGAUAUUCGAGGCUGUUUUUAUUCUUACAUUGCAACAUGUGCCUAUUUAAGUGUAACAGUGCAGUUCACCUGCCUGGCAGUGCCAUAUAUAAUAACAUACAGGAAUAUCAACAGGUGCCAUAUAUAUAUACACAGUACAUAGUACUUGUUGCAAAAUGAUUAAUGUACAAUCUGGGUUGAUUAUUGUAUAAAUAAUACUAUUUUCGGUGCUCAUCCCAGGUGUAUCAUACAUUUUGCAUGUUAUAUUAUAAGUCCAUUAUGGAAUAUUCAGUCCAUGAAAAAACAGAAGUGAUUAUACAUCACUCUAAUCUAUAUAGGAAAAUAUGAGACUUGUAUAGAGGGGGUAUAUCAUGGUCUUGCAGGUAGAAAAAAUAAACAGAUAAAAACGAUGCAGAUAAAAAGCAAACUCAUAAAAAUGUACCCGAUUUGUCUACUAGUCUCGCAUAUGGUUUCUAGGGGUUUUAUUUGAAGGUGUAAAAUUAUGUAUGGGUAAAUCUCAUCUGUAAAGUCUCAUAAGAAAGCAGCUUAUUUUAUAAACUGUAAGCAAAAUGCCAUGUGGUCAGAAUAUGAGGAAAAGAAUUGAAUACAAAAUGUAGAAUAUAAUGUAUAAUGAUAAUAAUAAGUUGAUUUAAUUUGGCACUCACUUUAAUUUGACAAUUUUCCAAUUCUGCACAAGAAUGACAAUUCAUAUAUUCAUCAAUUUCUCAGAAAUCCAUCAAUUGAAAAUAUAAUGCCAUCUUUGUUCAUGAAUUAAGAAUUAGCAUAUUAACCAAAUUACUGUGGCCAAAUUAAAUGAUAUUCUACAGUUUCUAUUGUCCUGAAGCAUAAAGUAAACCAGUUACUGGUACAAUAUAUAGGACAGUGAUGGAAAUCUCAAUUUGUGAUAUGCUUAAAAACAAAACCCUUCUCUUCAAAACAUCAUGGUUUAAGCUCACCAUUGAGUCAAUAUUUUACAGUGUUUUAAAGAUGGGUUACUUCAUUGAAUUUAGAGAAAUUCAGUGGGAAGCCAUUACCAGAGAAAUGCUGAUACACUUGUGUUUUAUGAGGUACAAAUUGCAAAUAAUUCACUGAUAUUUUUCAUCAUGGGGCAUUGUUGAACAUGUAAACU